AUGCCGACGCUAAGUAGGAAGAAGGUGUUGCUGUCAAGGCUGCUCCUCGCGUGGAGAAACCAGCUCCGUCUGAGUGCAGAUAGCGAGGCGUCGAGUGAUGAAGAUUCGAGUGAUGAAGACAUAAGCUACGCGACACUGUAUCUUGUAUUGGAGUCCCGCCGCUACGUCACGCCCCGCGAGCGUGUGGAGCGCCCACCAUCACGGAUUAAUUACUAUCUAACCCGGAUGCCAGAUAGCGACUUUAAGCUCCACUUUCGCAUGCCUAGGCCGUAUUUUCACGCGGUGUGUCGUGCAAUUGCCACGUUUCCCGAGUUUCAGAGCGUGAUUGGUAAGCUGCAAAAGGCUAGCGUGGAGGUACACGUGAUGGCACUCCUGAAGAUACUUGGAUCGAUGGACGGCCAAGGCCACGCUGCUGAUUUCCUCUCUGUUGGAGGGCAUACACCAGAGUCAUUGCUAGCUAAACGUGUCGUGACUGCAUUGAUGCGAAUAAAGUCAGAGGUAAUCUGUUGGCCCGGAUUGCGAGAGCGUCGUGAAAUUGCAGAGAGGAUUAAGAAUGUGUCGGAUCUGCCGAAUUACAUAGUCCUCAUUGAUGGCACUUUGUUUCCUUUGUCCCAGCGACCCGAGAAUCAUGGAGAAGAUUUCUUCUCUCGCAAAAGUUCUUACGCUAUCAACGGACUUAUCGUCUGCGACGGCCGCGAGCGAAUUCGCUAUGAAAACGUGGGUUGGCCAGGCUCAAGCCAUGACAACCGUGUGUGGAGAAAUUGCAGGCUAGCACAACAUCAAUACGAUCACUUUGCGGAUAACGAGUAUAUCCUGGGGGACUCUGCAUACCAGGCUUCGAAUGUGCUGAUUCCUGCCUUUAAAAAGUGUCGAGGUUCAGAAAUACCGCUGAAGGAGAACACGUUCAACACACAGUUAGCGAAGAUACGUAUUCGUGUAGAACACUGCAUUGGAACGUUGAAAGGUAUAUUCCCGCUACUCAAACGUCUGCGUGCUACAAUCAGAAACGUAGGCGAGCUCAACUCAACCAUUUCACUCAUUCGCCCAGCCAUCAUAUUACACAACCUGACGGUCAAUGAUAAACUUCCUGAUGCGUGGAUUGAUUGCGAUGAAGCAGAAAAUAAUGAGCCCAUAGAACUACCGAGCGGUACCAACGAGUGCCGUAGAGCUUACUUACGCGACUAUAUUUUCGACAGCGUGCAUUAA